GCACAAGAAAGACUGGAGCGCGAGGAGGAGGCGAGAGCGGGAGGGGGAUUUCCAGCGCGAGCCCCUUGAUGUUUUGCUUUCGGUCUGAAUGAAGAAAUAAAAAUAAAACGACGGAAACGCUUUUCUUUUUUAACUUAAAGCUCGAAGAAGUCGGUCUGAGCUGCGCCGCGAUAGCCCCAGUGUCCAGGCCGCACAAAGUGAGCAGGCCACAAUGCCGAUUGAGAGAAUGAGGAUGCGGCCGUGGCUGGAGGAACAGAUCAACUCGAGUCAGAUUCCGGGACUCAAAUGGGUCAACAGAGAAAAGAAAAUCUUCCAGAUCCCGUGGAUGCAUGCUGCACGUCAUGGCUGGGACCUGGAGAAAGAUGCACCGCUCUUCAUGAGAUGGGCCAUACACACUGGGAAAUACCGGCCAGGUGUAGAUAAUCCAGAUCCAAAGACGUGGAAGGCUAAUUUCCGCUGUGCCAUGAACAGCCUGCCAGACAUCGAGGAGGUCAAGGACAAAAGCAUCAAAAAAGGAACCAAUGCCUUCAGAGUCUAUAAGAUGCUUUCAUCUUCAGAGAGAAAUAACAAAAAAGGAAAAAAGAAGACUGACAAGGAAGGAAGAAGCAAAGGAAAUAAAGGGGCCAGCUCUGCAUCUUCCGAGUGGACAGGUUUGGUAACCACUGACUGGACCAAAAGGGAAGGCGUCAAGCAGGAAGCAGAUGAGCUUAUUUUGACAGACAGUGUCUCAGCCAUUCACAGUUCAGUAGAUCAUGUGAUCAACAGCGAGCAACUGCCAUUCGUGUGUCAGACAAUCGAGGUGACCACUGAGAAUGAAGAGCAGACUGUGAGCUCCUCCCACUCGUACCCGCUCCAAAUCUCUCCAGUGUCCUCAUGUUGUGGCAGUGACACAGACAGCGACACAGAUGACGCCAAAGAGGGUGCCAGUGCAGUGUGGAGGCGGAAUUACCCAUCAUCAGUUCUCAGGGUUCCAACAUGUUCUCUUCCUGGCAUGGCCACGUUUGUCAAUGCAAGCAAGCCCAACUUCAGGGUGACCAGCACGCGAGACCCCGCCCCCAUCAUCAGCUACCACAGUGAGGUCUGGGUGCCAGGCUACAGCCCCGACUCCCAGCUCCUACCAUCUCCAAUUGCGAGCCACACCCACGAGAUGCGAGCCAGUGUCAUUAUGAAAACUUCGGACGUCACAUCUUCCUGACCUCUGACCCCGUUUGAGGGAGCACCUACACUUUUGGAUCAUAGGAAUGAGAGAGUGGCACUGCAUGGGAUGGAGCAGGGCAAGCUUCAAAUCCUUUGAGUUCACUGUAGGGCCCCGCCCCGUUUCAGACUCUGAUUGACCCUCAUAAUUAGGAAAUUUGCUGAUUUAUUUUUAUACUUUUAUCUUGAAACAAUGGGCCACAAUGCAGUUUCAGCAGUCCAUUAAUUAGCGAAUGCUUAAACGCCGUCGUCAUCGGUGCGCUGUCGGAGGAAGUCAUUUGCUGUGGUUCUCUUGCUAACACUUCAGCUUAUCGUCUGAUCUGUCAAAUCUUUAAAGUCAGUGACGGAAUGAUGAGCUUUUGGUGGUGAAAACUGUUUUUUAUUUAACAAUACAUGAAAUGAAAAGUCUGGAAUUCAGUCUAUUGUAGUUAAACAAGUUAAGGUUUCAUCUUAAACGUCUCCCUCCUGAUGGGCACAGAAUACUCGAUCUGUGAAUGUUUGUACUGUGACUGAAAUUUACUAUAAUAAUGAUGAUACUUUCUUACAGACUCACAAAUGGGUCCAUUAAAACAUUUAAAAAUAUAAUAAAUGUAUACAUAAAAUGUAAAUAUACAAACAACUUGUUUAAAGACCAGACACAAACCCGUAGUAUGUGAAUAAUUAUUGACAACACAGCAAGCUGUGGGGCAGUAUGAGAGUUUGAUGGUGUAACAAUUCUAGGCACUAAAACCACCACCUUCCUUUUUUUUUUAAUUGACCGAUUGAGUUAUAGAGUUAUGAGUUAUAGUUAUAUUGGAGUUGUGGAGCUAGCAGCCGCUCUGCAUGUACCUGAUCCCAUCUGUUCUCAGAAGCUAAGCGGAGUGGGUCCUGGUUAGUACUUGGAAGGGGACCUCUGAGGAAGACCAGGGGCUGGCUGGCUGUGUUUCUCCAGGUGAAACUGGAGUUUCAUCAGGAAUGGUGGGCAUCCGGUGUAAAACUUGUGCCAAAUUCCAGUGAGGAUCUGUACUGGAUCUGCUGUGGUAACUCUGAACAAACAUGGGAGCUGAAAGUCAACAUGGAGUUACAGAGAUAGCUAUCAGUUUUUGUUGGAAUUACUUGAGCAAAGCAGCACAAAGGCGUCACACCACUUAACCAGUUGUGUUGCAUUUUUGAGGAGAAGGAAAAAUCUAAAUGGAUUCCUUAGUUCAGUGACACAGCUUUGCCAUCAACUUAUAGGACGUUCUUGAGUGGUUCUACAUGAAAAUGACACUGUCCAUCUUGUUGUGGUCUUCCUGCAGUCCUCGUCCCAGUGUCCUAGUUUCUUUGAGCUUGAAGUUAGUUGUAGGAGAAUAGAAAUGAGCAAUGAGACGACGUCCACCUACCUAACCUUUGUAAGAUCAUCCUGUCCGUAAGGCAGAAAAACCACGUCGAGGACUGUCGAGGUGGAAUGAGCCGAGGUGCUGAAAACUUUUAGAAAGUAUUUUGACAUUCUAACGUUUUGAAGAUGUACAUUACCUUUCAGUAUUGGCAACAAGUAAAGUUUAGACCUAAAAUUACUAAUUAACAUCACAGGAAGUAUAUGUCUGAACUUCCUGUAAGUGACACAAUGACCCCCCCCACCCACAUGUGGGGACUGGCUAACAGCAGCUCUUUUUUCCCCCAUUUUUCGGCAACAAAACAAAUCUGGCAAACUGUAUAACGUUGCUGUAAACAUGCAUCUCCUCCAGUUUAAUAUUAAUAAGCUGAAGUUUUAAAAAGCGUUUUGUUUUUAAAAGUUUUUAAAACCGCUGGUGUGUGCAUGCACGUGUGCACGUAGGUUUGGUGCCUUUCUAAACAAAAGCAGCUCCUUGUAUUUGAGCUCUGGAUGUUGUUUAUGUGAUCUGUUUUAUAAAUUCAGCUUAACGACAACACAUUUUGUCAUUGACAACACUGGACGACUUAACGUUUAGUUUGGGAACAAGUUAGGCGCUUUUCUCUUUUUAUCAUAGUUUAAGCUGCAGUGUUAGCAUAAGAUAUCACAGCAAAUGAUUUACUGAGGAUUAACUGAUGAGGAAAAAUGUGGCCUUCACUUUUUGGAUACAAUGUUUAAGUUUAUGGAUUUUAAUUUAAACAGAUGAAUUGUUUCAACAGUAAGAUUGAAGAAAAUUCUAAGGUGAUAGAAUUAAUAUUUUAAGACCUAAUUUGCCCUGCAAAUGAGAAGACGUGUGUGUCAGUAAUCUUGGAGACCUCAGGACUUUGUAGAAAGAUGCAGGUGGGAUGACAGAGGGACUGAAUAUGUGAACUCCUUCCUGCCCUUUGGUGUUAAUAAUGUACAUAGCUGAGACGCGUGUGCUGAGUGCUUCAUGUGGCUUUUGCACCUUACAGGCCGCGCCGGGCAGGCAGCUUAGUCGGGUCGCUCCACGUGCACUGAGCUGUAUGGAUGAAUCGGGAUAACACAGUUCUCCUCCUGACCUGUUUACUCCAGUAAGAAAGUACCAAAAUGUAUUUUGUCACUUGUCGGUGUGUUUGAGGCCUUCACAGAGGAAGGAGAGACGGACUGAAUCUCAGGGUUUAAACGUGAAUGUCGUGACUACAGUGCAAGGACAAGCAAUACUUCAUUGUGCUGUGUCUUCCUCUGUGUUCUUCCUUACGCUGAGUGCAUGUGACUCGAUCAGCAUUUUGCCGUGUUAGCCUCUAAUUUGCACUAGCUUUAAAUCCCAACAUCCAACCCCAAAAUGCAAAUACAUGUCACGAGCAAACUGUCAGCAGUUUGGGGCCCAAUCCAUCAGUUUCAGCAGGAGCUAAACUAUAUUUACUUAACAAAUGAAAUACUGCAGUUUGAAAUUUGUGGGUUUCAAGGGCCAACCUGGAGUACCCAAAAAUCCUCUCAGCCAUUUAGAGUUGCGUUCAAAAUAUUAGCCCUGUGUUUAAAAAAGUGAGUAAAGCUCAAAAUCUUAAAAUAGGUUUUAUUUACAUACACACAGAUGUAUUGGGAACAGUGAGGAGAACGACUCGUUUGACUCAGAUUUUCAGAGAGAAAUGCACAGAAACCAGCACGAACAACAUUUAAAUAAGAGCCAAAUGUAAAGGUGCAAUAAGGGUUACAGAAAGAAAAUGCACACACUGCAUUUGUUUUAAUAUCCUAAUAUUCCUUUUCUGCACUUUCUCUAAAAUAAUAAAUUUUUUUCUUCAUGUUUUAAUUUGGAAUAGAAUGUGCAGCGUUCCCAAUGCAUUUGUGUGUAUGGGGAAAAAAGAAAAUUAUAAAGAUUGUGAGCUUUACUCACUUUUGUAAACACACUAGUAUUUUCAACAGAAGUGUGUGUGUGUGUGUGUGUGUGUGUGAGUGAGUGAGUGAGUGAGUGAGUGAGUGAGUGAGUCCUCACAUGAUGGGAAAUGGAACGUCUCAUUCCCUUCUUAUGACGCCAGUGAUUGACCGACCGGCAUGUCUAACCAGGUGCGCUGCUCUAGUAUUUCAUAACGAUUAUAAUUUAGUAUAUCCAGUCCUGCUGGACCAAAACACAAGUUCACGUUUCAACUUUGGCAGAAUAAUCAACAUCAUCAUCAUCAAACUGGUGAACAUGGUGAUGGACUUUAAAUUUUGAAUGAUAAUGAGUGACUGCGUGGUAGUGACAACGUUCCACUCCUCAGGCACCGUGCACAGUUUUGCUCAAAGGUGCCUUAGUGAUGCGUGGCUGUCUGGUCAGAGUGCUGCGUCCUUUAGCUCACUGGUGAAGGUUAAACUACACUGGUUGGAGAAAACCCGACUUCAGGCCUCCUGCUGAAUCAGGGCUUCGCCGUCGCUCCGUGUUGACUCUCCAAAUGUUUGUGCCUUGAUCAGAAAGCCGCUCGACAAUGCCUGAAGAUUUAGUAGAUCACUGAAAAAUGUCUCUCACUGUGUGAUGGUCUGUAAGCUGUAACAUUUUAAUGUGCGGUAACAGCCAUGUCGCUUUUUUAUUAUCUCUAUUUUAAUGGUCACAGUGAUUGCUGCAGUAACACAUGUUGCCAAACCACUCCAGGUCGAAGGUCACAGUCCUGAUUAUGUGUACAUCUCACUAAAAGCUGUUAAACCUUUUUUCCUGGUGACUAUCCUGAAUCAGGGAACGUGGUGGCUGCUGCGUUCUUUCAAAUCGCAGGUUGAAAAGAGCAGAAUCGCCUCAGAAGCUCGUUCCUGAAGUAACGACACACACCAACAGGACACUCGUUUUUGCUCGUGGGCGUGAACGGGAAAACGUCAGUCCAACGUUCACAAAGUUUAUGUUUCCUCCUGCACAAAGGUCAUGAUGGCGGGGGGGUGUAAUGUGGCGUCUGAAAUGUGAUUAAUCAUGAAGCUGUGCAAUAUUUCCAACUGGCUUUUGCUUGUGUGUGUUUUUUCUUUCUGUGAUCACUGUUUGAUUGAGGUCACUGUGCAAAAGACAUUAAUGAUGUUUCAUUUAAAUGCACAGUUGCUGAUUUUUCUUUACAUUUAAGUGUAAAUCUGAAUAAAUUCUUUGUAUUUAU